AUGGAUCCUUCAGCUCGCGCACAAGGUCUUAUCACAUAUGCGAAUCUUCCAACAUACCUGAAGGCUCGCACGCCAUUUCCUCCACCGGAAGAUUACAAACCCCCGAAAGAAUCAUUUGCUGUUCGAUGUUUCGAAAAUGUUCUUCAGAAAGUGGUCUUCAAAGACAAAAUAUACGACACCGUUUUCAUCAACUCGCAGAUUGAGCCACACGAAAAUUCCAUGUUGCGUGCUGAUAUUGGUAUCCAUUACAUGACUGAACGAGGAGAAGUCAAAAUCCUGUGCUUUGUUGAGGCUAAGCGCACCAAGCCAACGCAGAGUUUCUCUACCAAAGGUGUCGAGCAAGAAGCUCUGGACUAUUGCAGAGAGUUCUUUCACAGCGACCGCUCCAAUAAAAUCGAAUUCGUGUAUGCUGGUACUCUUGUUGGUACACACUUACGGCUGUGGAUUGUUCAUCGUGCAGAGGCAGAGGAAGACACGUUUCUUGAACCCUUGUGGGGCUCGCCACUGCUUGGGAGCAACAACGACUACGCGGACCUAGGGGAUAGAGAAGGCGGACCAUUGAUUGAGAAGACACUUCAUGAAAUGGUCCGCGUGGCACCGGAGAAGUGGAUUGCCGCUGGAAUCUCGCCCCCUUUGGGUGGCGGAGCAUAUCAACUACCGAGAGCGAAUCGACCAGAUCCCGCAGGACUCAUGCUUCCAAGCGUUGUAUCCGACCUCACAGCACCACCACCUCCUGCAAAUUAUGAGAGGAUCAAAAAAUUCGUUUCGAUAUCAAGUAGUUAUGGUUGGGUCACUGUCAAAAAUGCAGGAGGAUCUGGCCCGUCGACCGAAUGGAAGGUUGAAGGACAUUAUCUCGUGAACCACAUGAAACGACUAUACGCUGAUAAAGGGACUGAGAAUGUUCCAGGAGGAUCCAGGUAA